CCUCCCCCGGCGACUGCUCUCCAGUUGGCACCCCCUUUCUGCUCAGAGCCCCCCUUCUUCUCCCGCCCCUGUCUGGGCUUGUCUGCAGCACGUGGAAGCCGACCCCCCCCCCAGCCGGCGGUGGGGGAGAUGCAGAGCAUGGGCACAAAGAGAGCACACGUCCCCCCCAUGACUCCCCAGCCCCUCUACAUACAAGGCUCAGCUGCGAAGGGUGUCUUGCGGCCUGUCUCCGAAAUUUCAGCAAAGUUUAGAUCUGUUUUCAAGGAGUUCCCGUAUUUCAACCAUGUUCAGUCGAAAGCUAUGGAUGAUGUUCUUUACACAGGUAAGAACUUUGUGGCGUGUGCCCCUACUGGAUCUGGGAAAACAGUGCUGUUUGAGCUCGCAAUAAUCCAUCUUCUGAUGGAGAGCUCUGAGCCUUGGAAGGAUGUCAAGGCUGUCUACAUGGCUCCAAUCAAAGCUCUGUGCAGCCAGCGCUUUGAGGACUGGAAGCAGAAGUUUGGCCCGUUAGGGCUGACCUGCAUGGAGCUGACCGGAGACACGGAGAUUGAUGACUUCUUUGAGAUCCAAGAUGCCCACAUCAUCAUGACGACACCUGAGAAGUGGGACAGUAUGAGCAGGAGAUGGAGAGACAACUGUCUUCUGCAGCUCAUCAGACUCUUCCUCAUCGACGAGGUGCACGUGGUGAAGGACGUGACCCGCGGGCCCACGCUGGAGGUGGUGGUGAGCAGGAUGAAGGCGGUGCACGCUCACCGGCCGGCAGGGCGCCCACAGCCAGACCUGUCCGUCAGGCUGGUGGCCGUGUCAGCAACCAUACCCAACAUCUCUGAUAUGGCUGAGUGGCUGUGUAACGAGAGCGGCCCGGCCUCCUACCUGGACAUGGACGAGAGCUACCGGCCGGUGGAGCUCAGGAAGGUGGUGCUGGGCUUCCCCUGCAGCCCCAACCAGAACGACUUCAAGUUUGACCUGUCACUCAACUACAAGAUGGCCAACAUCAUACAGACCUACUCGGACCAGAAGCCUGCUUUAGUGUUCUGCUCCACCAGGAAAGGAGUCCAGCAGUCUGCAACGGUGCUAGCCAAGGAUGCCAGAUUCAUAAUGAGCAUUGAACACAAGCAGAGACUGAUGAAAUAUGCAAACUCCAUCUUGGAUUCCAAACUGAGAGACCUGAUGAUGCUUGGUGUGGGGUACCACCACGCAGGAGUGGACGUUUCAGACAGGAAGAUGGUGGAGGAGGCCUUCACCCGGGGAGACCUGCCUGUUCUCUUCACCACCAGCACGCUGGCCAUGGGUGUAAACCUGCCGGCCCACCUGGUGGUGGUCAAGUCCACCAUGCACUAUGUGUCAGGCUCCUGUGAGGAGUACAGUGAGGCUGACAUGCUGCAGAUGAUAGGACGAGCUGGGAGGCCACAGUUUGACACGUCAGCGACUGCAGUGAUCAUGACCAAGAGCCAUACCAAAGACAAGUACAUGAGGCUGAUGAACGGGGUGGAGAUCAUUGAAAGCAGCCUCCACGGCCACCUGGUGGAACACCUGAAUGCAGAGAUCGUCCUGCAGACCAUCAGUGACGUCAGCAUGGCCCUGGACUGGAUCCGCUCCACCUUCCUGUACAUCCGGGCCCUCAGGAACCCCCAGCACUACGGGUUCUCACCCGACCUGGAUCGGAAUGGAAUUGAAGCGAAACUGCAAGAGCUGUGUCUAAAAAACCUCCAGUCCCUGUCCUCCAUUGGUCUGAUCAGCAUGGACGAGGACGUCAACAUCAAGCCCACAGAGGCUGGCCGGCUGAUGGCCAAGUACUGCCUGGCGUUUGACACCAUGAAGCAGUUUAACGGCGUGAAUGGCCACGAGACGCUGGCUGAGAUGGUGGAGCUGGUGUCAAAGAGCAGAGAGUUCAGCGACGUCCAGCUGAGAGUGAGCGAGAAGAGAACCCUGAACACGCUGAACAAGGAUAAGAACCGUGUCACCAUCAGGUUUCCUUUGGACGGGAAAAUACGAACCAAUGAGAUGAAAGUGAAUUGUUUGAUUCAGGCCCAGCUGGGCUCAAUCCCAAUACAAGAGUUUGGACUUUCACAAGAUACAGCCAAGAUCUUCAGAAACGGAACACGCAUCAGCAAAUGCCUGUCAGAGUUCCUGAUGCAGCGCUCGAAGCUGGGGCUCUCUGCUCAGCUGAGCUCCCUGAUGCUGGCCAAGUGUUUCAGGGCCAAACUGUGGGAGGACUCCCCCUACGUUUCCAAACAGCUGGAGAAAAUAGGCCUCACCCUGUCCACUGCCAUGGUGAACGCUGGAUUGACCACCUUCAGCAGAAUAGAGCACACCCAUCCCAGAGAGCUGGAGCUGAUUGUGAACAGACAUCCUCCUUUCGGAAACCAAAUCAAAGAAUCUGUGGUGAACCUCCCCAAGUAUGAAGUGAGCUUGGAGCAGCUCCCGAGGUACAGCUGUGCCACGGCGGAGAUGGUGGUGACGGUGAAAAUGAAGAACCUGGAGCAGCUUCUGUCCAGGAAGACGGCCCCGGACCGCCAGCACCACUUCACCCUGAUCAUGGGAGACUCGGACAACAGAGUGGUCUUCCUGCAGAGACUCACGGACUCUGUGCUGCUGAAGUCUGGUAGCUGGUCCAAGAAGGUGGAGGUGGUGCGGUGCUCCAAGGGAGAGGAGAUCAGCGUUAAUCUGAUAAGCUCUCAAUACGUGGGGCUGGACAUCCAGCAGAAGUUCAAUGCCUUCUACUCUGGGCCCAGGAGGUUUGAGGCGGGUUCUGUCAACCCUGCUCACCAUACCCAAUGGGAGAUCCAGAAGAUGCCUUACAACCCCAACAUUAAAGAGAAGAGCAAGCCUUCUGCUGUGAAAGCACAAUCCACAUCACAGGCAGUGGUGCAAUACAAUACCGCAUAUGCAUGUGAUCUUGCACAAAAUAAGAGACAGUGCAACCACUUCUGUAAGAACAAGGACGUUUGUGGCCAUGAAUGCUGUAAAGUAGGCGUUCCAGUAGCACAGAAGCGGCAGCCGAACCAGGACCCUACCUUCUCCUCCCACCUCAGAGACCUGAGGAGCCGCUGUGACACGCUCACAGAGACCCCGGUCAAGAGGCUCAGGAUGAAGAUCAGUGGGGAAUCCAUGUCUGCGAGCAUGCAGCAGUUCUCCUACAAACCCAAAGAGACGAUGCCUGCUCUACCUACGUCAACCAUUCAACCUCUCAGAUCCUGGACGUACUCGGCGGAUCCCUACGAAGCUCAGUCUGACGUCGUUGAUCUGACGAGAGAAGGCGAUGUCACCGGUCUAGAGGAGCCUGACUAUGAGUACCUUGACCACCUGGAGGACAUCUAUGAGAUGAUGGGAGAGGAGAUGCCUCCCUCUAGUCCUCCUCUCCAAACCACUGGUCCAUUUGGUCGUCAGCUACCAAGUGCAUCAGUGACAAGACAAUCAGCUUCCCAUGCAAAUGCCAGUUUCCUCCCGGGGCCAUAUGCAGAGACAGCACACCCGUCUCCCUCCACCUCCUCGGUGGGACCGGGUUCAUGUCCGGCGCCGCGUCCCGCUGCGGAGAGCAGCUACGCCUCCGCUCCACAGGCCCUGACCAACGUCAACUUUGACCUUGGCAACGAGUGGGAUGACUGGGAUGAGUUGGAUGACGUUGGCGAGGCAGACUUGCUAGUGCAUGGCCCAGAGAGCUCCCAGUCCACCCGCCGUCCACAAGAGGUCCAGGCUAGCCCCCGGCCCCCCAUUGGCUACAACACCCUGAGAGUUGGACUCCAUUCUGGACCUGCCCCGACACCAGCCCCCCCCCGGGGCCCUGGUCCGACGCAGCCCGACUCGGUCUUCACCAGGCCCAACACACCUCUAAGGUCCGUCUCCUCCAUGCCUGUGGUCAGAGCAGUAGGCUCCUCUGCUAUGGCCGGACCCUCCAACAGAAGUGCAACUGCAUGGAAUGAAAAGAGAGAGCACGUAUUGUUUGAUACGUUGACUGUGCAGAACCCAGAGGUCUUCAUGGAGCAGAAGAAGACUUGUGUCAGACCUCGCUCUGGACAGUUUGAUUUUUUCUCAGAGAGGAGCAGCGAGCCAGAGAGUACUGUCUGCAACAACAGAUAUACCAAGGAGGAAGAGGCUUUCGUGGGCAUAUUUGAUGGAAUUUUCUAGUCAUGACCUGAUUUUUCAAACUAGAACGCUAUGUCACCAGUGCUUUCAGCAUGUUUUGACUCUUUAUUACAUCCACGUUUAUUUAUUUGUUGUUGGGGUGUGUUUUUGUAAUUUAAGCGAUAUAUAGAAAACCAACAAAAGUGACUUGACAUUUACAUUUAUUUUCCCCCACUGUUCCUGUUUAUAUAAGAAUACAUCGUUUUUAUUAGGAUAUUUGUAUUCAUAUUGACUGUGUGUGUAGCCUUUUUUACGGUGUUGUUCGUAUGUUCAGAUUGACCGAUAAUUAUAUUCUC